AGAAAGAGAGGGAGGACAGGCAGCGAGAGCAGACAGAGAGAGAGUUUGAGAGUCAGUGGCUGGAAGAAAAAAGAAGCAGAAAGAGUCUGAAAACAAUUGCAGCCAACCUGCCAGGACACACAUGGUUUAUUGUCCGAACUUCACCAGGAACUUUAACAGCCUUUGACAGACUCGGAGGUGGCGGGGGUGGAGCAGCAAGCCGGCAGUCUCGCUGCCACGCAGUUAACGCUCUGGAUGAAGAAACGAGGAGAAUAACAAUCUACCUUCUGUGAAGAAAGCAGGCGAGGAGCCGUGCAGAGUGAGGAUGCCUGAAUACCACCGGCACAUAGAGGGAGGCUGAGAGGAGAGGCUGAAGAGACGAAGACGGUGCAUUCCUGGUUGGAGCUGAGGGGGGGGGAAGUGGUUGCCCUGGGGCGAGAGAAAGAUUUUUUGUUGUGAGAGAGAGGAGGGGGGAAAGGAUGCAUCUGUUCUUCCGAGACAAGUGGGAGUUGGAGGGGCUGCAGACUGUUGGCAUUCUGCUGGUGGUCUGCAGCUCCCUCAAACUGAUGCACUUUCUGGGGCUUAUCGACCUUUCAACGCCAGGUGAGAUGGAUGACAGCGUGGAGGAUGACUUUGAGCUGUCCACUGUGUGUCAUCGCCCUGAAAGCAUGGACAAGCUGCAGGAGCAGACCAAGUUCACCAAGAAGGAGCUUCAAGUCCUUUACAGGGGCUUCAAAAAUGAGUGUCCGUGUGGUGUGGUUAAUGAGGAGAACUUUAAGACCAUUUACUCCCAGUUCUUUCCGCAGGGAGAUUCAAGUAUGUAUGCACAUUUCCUGUUUGAAGCCUUCGACACAGACAAGAACGGCUCCAUUAGUUUUGAGGAUUUUGUAUUUGGCCUGUCUAUCAUAUUGAGAGGGACCAUUAAUGACCGGUUAAACUGGGCGUUCAACCUCUAUGACCUGAACAAGGACGGCUGCAUCACCAAAGAGGAAAUGUUGGACAUCAUGAGGUCUAUUUAUGACAUGAUGGGGAAAUAUACAUACCCCACUAUGCAGGACGACGCUCCAAGAGAUCAUGUGGAAAGCUUCUUCCAGAAAAUGGACCGGAAUAAAGACGGGGUGGUCACCAUAGACGAGUUCAUUGAGUCUUGCAAAAAGGACGAGAACAUCAUGCAGUCCAUGCAGCUGUUUGACAACGUCAUCUAAAAGCCUGGAUCAGAGACAAAGCGGGCACCAGGGAGGGGAAUGUGUGUGUUUGGAAGAGGAACUGGGUUUUAAAAAAAAAAGGAGAGAAAGAGUUAUGAAUGUGUGUGUAUGUCUGUUUUCAGACUUGCGAGCUUGUGCUUGUGUCGAGAGCUUCAGUAUGAGUCCAGAGGGCUGUAAGGGGUCCUCGCCCUCUUCCUGGACCCCUGGUGGCAUUUCUACAAGCAACUAUGGAGGUAUCCCAACACCUUCGCUCAACAUGCUGAACCUUAGUUGUACCCCAGAGACACAGAGAAAGAAGACAAAGCAGCGGGCAAAACAAAGACUGUCCUUUUUUCUUUUCAUUUAUUACCAUUACUGAUGGAGGAACUAUGA